UUUGGGGUUUAUCUCUAAAACCCUUUUAUAAGAGGAGUCUUAAAAAUGCCCCAACUCUCUACCGUCAGACUCUUCUUCUCCUCCAACUCAACCUCUUCUCUUUCUCUUCCUUUCAAGCUCUCAUUCCCUUCUUCUUAUAUUCCCUGCAAACCCUAUACCUCUAAAAAGACUCUUAUAUUCCCUCUAUUCUCAGCUUCUUCCAAGAGAGAGAGAAAGCCUUUCCAUCAGAGGAGAAGCAGCAGUAAUCUCAGAGACACCAAGAACAGAGAAAGAAUGGCUGAGAUGGAUGAAAAAGAUACCGCCGGAUUCAACAAGAGGAGGGUAGAAGGGAGAGAGAAGGGAGCGCCCAAGAACCUUCAGCUUAAAACCAGGAAGUUGAAUCCUGUCAAUACUAUUUGUUAUGUCCAGAUUUUGGGGACUGGAAUGGAUACACAAGAUACAUCGCCAUCAGUUUUGCUUUUCUUCGACAAGCAAAGAUUUAUAUUCAAUGCUGGAGAGGGGUUGCAACGUUUCUGCACCGAGCACAAGAUUAAGUUAUCGAAGAUUGAUCACAUGUUUCUUACUCGUGUUUGUUCAGAAACUGCAGGCGGACUUCCAGGUCUUCUAUUGACUUUAGCUGGCAUGGGAGAUGAAGGGAUGUCUGUCAAUGUAUGGGGACCCUCUGAUCUCAAAUAUUUAGUUGAUGCAAUGCGGUCGUUCAUCCCGACUGCUGCCAUGGUCCACACACGAAGCUUUGGGCCAGGGUCCAAUGCUGCUGGAUCUGCUUUUUCAAAGUCUGAUCUGGGCAAAUUUACAGAUCCCAUAGUUCUCAUUGACGAUGAAGUUGUCAAGAUAUCGGCAAUUCUGCUGAGACCAAGUUGCUCAGAAGUGAUCCAAAAGGAAGAUGUUAACGUGUCGAACUCAAGUGCUGUAGCUUUAGAAGAAAACAUGGACUGCUUUUCAAAGCCUCUUGUACCAUGCACGCUAAGUUCAACCCGAAGAGCAGGACCCAUGUUAAAACCUGGCGAUAUUUCUGUGGUUUAUGCCUGUGAAUUGCCCGAAAUCAAGGGAAAAUUUGAUCCCGCAAAAGCCGCCGCACUUGGAUUGAAACCCGGACCAAAGUAUCGGGAACUGCAGCUCGGAAAUUCAGUUAUGUCAGAUCGUCAAAACAUUAUGGUUAAUCCAAGUGACGUACUGGGCCCUUCAUCCCCCGGACCGAUUGUCCUUCUCGUUGACUGUCCCACAUCAUCUCAUUUGCAGGGAUUGUUGUCAAUACAAUCCCUUAAUGAUUAUUAUGCAGAUAAUGUAGACAAACCUCAAGACAGUAUGAAGUCUGUGAAUUGUGUGAUCCACUUGGGUCCAGCUUCUGUCACCAUGACUGCAGAUUACCAGAAGUGGAUGAAAAGAUUUGGUGGGGCGCAACACAUCAUGGCUGGACAUGAAAUCAAGAACAUGGAAGUUCCAAUUCUCAAAUCCAGUGCAAGAAUUGCAUCACGGCUUAAUUACCUGUGCCCUCAGUUCUUCCCAGCUCCAGGAUUCUGGUCCCUUGGGUACACCGACACCAUCGAUCCAAACACCAUUACUUCAAGUGAGGAUUCUUCUCCAACACUUGGUCAAAGCCUUUCUGCCGAAAAUCUUCUCAAGUUCCAUUUGCGUCCUUAUGCACAGCUUGGUCUGGACAGAUCUGGGAUUCCAAGCUUACAGUCUCCCACUGAGAUUGUUAACGAGCUUCUUUUAGAGAUACCUGAAAUAGAAGAUGCUUCAAAGCAUGUUAGCCAAUUUUGGCACGGUUCUGAAAAUGUUAAACAGACUGUACCUCCUACGCAUGACCAUCUUAUCAUGAUUGAAGAACCAUGGAUGCAUGUGGACACAUGUAUAUCUGAUAAAGGCUCGGCAACACAAGCAACAAAUGCAUCUCAAGAGGAAAUUUCACAUCUAAAUGGCAGCACGACGUCCAACGUUAAGAAUGGCUCUGAUAUUCCUAGUUGUUUGGAGAAUAUAUCAAGAGAAGACAUGGAAAUUGUCCUUUUGGGCACUGGUUCAUCACAACCAUCUAAAUAUCGUAACGUUAGUUCUAUUUAUGUUAACCUCUUCUCGAAAGGAAGUUUGCUGUUAGAUUGUGGGGAGGGAACUUUGGCCCAGCUGAAAAGAAGGCUUGGCGUCAAGGGUGCUGAUGAUGCUGUCAAAGUUCUAAGGUGUAUAUGGAUUUCCCACAUUCAUGCCGAUCAUCACGCUGGUCUCGCUCGGAUACUUUCCUUGCGCCGUGAGUUGUUAAGGGGCAUACAGCAUGAACCAUUGCUUGUUAUUGGGCCGAGGCCGCUGAAGAGAUUUUUGGAUGCAUAUUCUCGACUCGAAGAUCUUGAUAUGCAGUUCUUGGAUUGCAGGCACACGAUAGAGGCUUCUUGGGAUGUUCUUGCUAGUUCUCUUGAGUCAGGCAGCAAUGACUCAUCAAGUUCUAUCUGUGUAGGAAAUAUAAACACGAGUGAUGGGAGAAAGGUCAUGCCCCAAAAUAUUGAAACGACUUUAUUUGCUAAAGGCAGCAAAAUGCAAAGCUUCUGGAAGAAACCCGGGAACCCGGUUGACUUGGAUGCGGAUUUCCCUACACUGAAGAAAUUACACGAAGUGUUACAUGAAGCGGGUUUAGAGGCAUUGAUAAGUGUCCCUGUUGUGCACUGUCCACAGGCAUUUGGCGCUGUCUUAAAAGCUGCUGAGAGAAUCAAUGGUGUAGGGAAGGCUAUACCGGGCUGGAAGCUGGUCUAUUCUGGUGAUACAAGGCCUUGCCAAGCGCUGAUAGAUGCAUCUUAUAGAGCAACAGUUCUUAUACACGAGGCAACCUUUGAGGACGGCAUGGUGGAAGAAGCCGUUGCGAAGAACCAUAGCACAACAAAGGAGGCAGUUGAAGUGGGUGCAUCUGCUGGUGCGUACCGCAUCAUCCUCACACAUUUUAGCCAGAGAUAUCCAAAAAUCCCAGUCUUUGAUGAGGCACACAUGAACAAAACUUGUAUAGCUUUUGACAUGAUGAGCAUUAACAUAGCGGACUUGCCUGUACUUCCAAAGGUUCUUCCUUACCUUAAACUUCUCUUUAGGAAUGAGAUGAUCACAGAUGAAUCAGAUGAUAUUUUGCUCCCUGUAGAGCAGGCUGAUUAAUUUUUUGAAAUAAACAAUGUUGUAUGAUUUUAUGCUUUGAUUUGAGUAAAUUUUGCCAUUUU